AUGCUAGAUUACUUAAAUAUAAAACAAAUUAAUGGUUUAAAAAUUGAAACUACUAUUCGUUUAUGUCGAUUCGUGGUACAAAAUAAUUCUUUUUCUUAUAAUGAUAAAUAUUAUCAUGAAAUACGUGGUGGUGCUAUGGGCUCUCCAUUAGCAUUAACAAUUGCUAACUGUUAUAUGCUCUUUUUUGAACGAGAUAUCAUUAAACAAAUUA